AUGACUUCAGAUGCUGGAACCCAAACGUGCGAGACCUGUGACGUAUCGACGCAGACGGACUCCGGAUGGGAGAGUGAAUGUGUGAACAUCCCGUAUGCGAGUCGAGACAGUUCGUGGAUGGAACACGUAGAACCUGAAAGGUCAGCGGACCCGGCGGAAGAGUCCGGGCGGUCCAACGCGAUCGACGUUGGAACCCUGCCAGGUCCCUCGAGCCAAACGGGUGAGCGGACCCCAGUCCAGAAGUUGGAGGCAGAAUACAUCCGAAUGAUGAAGGCUACGCAAGAAGAGUUGGAUCUAGAACCUGGUGUUUACAUCCAUGAGGGAAGCGAGUUGAUGUCCCAGCUGCGUGAUGACCUCAUGAUGUUGCCUGAUUUGAGCGACCUCACACCUGAGUGUGAUAUCUCUACGGCAGAUGUGGGGGUCCCCGGACGGACUACUCCAGCGGAAGAAGAGCAUCUAAGGACGGUUCUCAGGCGACAUUCCAAGAUUUUCUUAGGUGAUGGGAAUGCGGCACCUGCCCCAGCACGGGGCGUGGUAUGCGACAUUGACGUCAGAGGAGCCAAACCGGUAGCACUUCGACCAAGAUCGAUAAUCCCUAAGGUUGCGAUGAAGGUCUACGAGUUACUGAAGAAACUCCUAGAGACUGGACUCAUCGAGAUGUCUGACUCUGCUUGGGCUUCGCCUCUCGUGAUCGUCCUGAAGAAGAAUGGAGUUGACGUUCGCAUGUGUAUUGACUAUCGCCUGGGGAACAGUUUCAUUGAGCUGUCGAAUUAUCCGCUGCCGCUGAUUGACGAGCUCCUGGUGGGCUUCGAGCAAGCCAUGUGGUUCAUGUCAUUAGACAUGGCUAGCGGAUUUUGGGCCAUACGUAUGACCGAGCGAGCCAAGCGGAUCUCCGCGUUGGUGUGUCCAUUCGGUCAUUUCCGAUGGAUCCUAAUGCCAUUCGGUCUCAAGAACGCCCCGUUAAUAUAUCAAGAGAAGAUCAACAAUUGUCUCUGGGGAUUCGUCAGGCUACCGCCAGAGGAAGAGAAGACUGUGGAUGCCUACGUUCUGAAGUUCCUAGGUUUAGAUCCAGCAGAAGAGGAAGAAGUCCAGCGCGAGAAGUCCGCCCGGGAGGUCCCUAUCCUGACAGAUAAGAUUACGGCUUUCAAGCGGAAUAUCCCAGCGCCAUCGCAGAUGGGACCUGUCCUCGGACGAAGUUCUUGUAUCGACGACAUUGCCCAUGGGGCGCCCACCUGGGACCAGUUGUGCGAGGAUUUGAACGCUCUGCUAUAUCGACUACGCUAUUGGAAUAUUUCCGUCAGCCUUCCCAAGAGUGAAUUCGGCAAGCUCACCAUUCCGUAUCUCUCUCAUGAAAUUAGUGCCGAGCGGAUUAGAGCUAUGCCCAAGAUCGCGACGUCCGUUCAAGAGUUACCGUUCGCGACAACGCUCAAAGGAGUACAGUCUUUCUUGGGAAGCCUAAACUACUACCACAAGUUCACCGAGGAUUUCUCGGUAGUGGCGGCGGCACUUCAUGAAUUGACUGACGAGCAGAUCAAGGCUGGAAGGGAUUUGUCUAGAGCCAAAGAAUCGUUCGACAUUCUCAAGCGGGAAAUCGUGUCUACGCCUCUGUUGCGUCACCCCGACCGGCACAAGCCGUUCGUGAUCAUUCCACAUGCGAAUCGCUGGGCGGCCUGCGCCCGACGGGUGCUGAAUGAGACCGAGAUUAGGUAUCACGAGGCAGAGAAGGAAGUGAUAACGGUCAUGCGAGUAUUGGAUGUAUUCGAGAAUCUUGUCAGGGGAUGUCCGAUCAAGGUCUACAUGCGAUUUUCCGUCCUGACCUGGUUGCUGAAGGCUAAGAGCGCCGAUGGACGUUGCGUCCGAUGGGGAGUGAUCUUGUCAUAUUGGGACUUCGAAGUCCACAAGGUUGAGAGCGACGAGGAUGGGUUGACUGCUAUUAUGGGAGCAGGCAUCACCCCACGUGAGCACUUGGAUGAAAUAGCUGAAUCCAUGAUACCACUCAAGGGGCGAGUGAAGCCCCAACCAGUUAUCAGUGUGGAGAUGUUGGAAGUAGACUUCGAUGGUUAUGUGUUGAGUUUCGACGGCGCUGCUAAGACGUCUACACGUCAGGGCAGCUGUGGAUGUAUCAUCUGGAAACUCCCCGGUUGGAAGGUAGUGACGGCUCAAGGUUUCGUGCUCGAAGAUGUCACUGUCAACGACGCAGAGUACCAUGGUCUACUCAAAGGUCUGACCAUGGUAGCCGAGCGGGGCAUCCCAGAUGUGGUUGUUGUCGAAGACUCACGUAUCGUGAUACAGCAAGUGCAAGGGCUGAUUAACUAUAACCAGCCCAAUUUGCAACGGAGACUAGCAGAGUAUGAUGUCCUACGAGAAAAGUUCAAGUCGGUCCGGCUGGUACAUGUCAAGAGAGAAUACAACCAGGCGGCCGACUAUCUUACCUCGAAGACAUUAGCGGCUGGAGUAUCCUGGACCGUGACCGACCCGGCCGAGAUGACGCACUUGGAAUGUGUGUCCUCGAUUCUAGAGAAGCUGGUGAAGCCGGCACCCAGAAGACCCCGCUCGAGAGACACCGCCUGGCGAACCAACUAG